AUGGCCGACUCUGAUGUCGCAUCUAUGUGUGCCAACUUAACCCUAGUCGACGUUGAUGAUGAUGACGUAGCGGUACAGUUGCCGAUCGCCCCAGAGGACCAAGCGGAGGUGGAGGGCGCAUAUUAUGCCGUGGGACGGUUGGUUACAAACAAAACAAUCCGGCUUCCGCUCUUCCAUGAUACAAUGGCUGCCGUGUGGAGGCCGGUAAUGGGAGUGAACAUGAGGGAGCUAGAGCCUCGCAAGUAUCUGUUUAGGUUUUACCAUGAGAAGGACGUUACACGGAUAAUUGAACAAGGCCCCUGGACUUUUGAGCGAUCCCUACUCAUCAUGAAGAUGGUACCCCCAGGGCAGGACCCGGCAUCGGUCCCGCUUACUCAUGUUGAGUUUUGGGUGCAAAUACACGCGUUGACGUCAGGGUUUCGAUCGGAGACUGUCGUGACAACAAUAGGAUCUUUUCUGGGUGCCUGUAUAAAGACUGAUGAGAGGAAUUUUGACGGCACCAUAAGGAAAUUCUAUCGAGUGCAGGUGCCGAUUGAUGUAGCAAAGCCGAUCAGGAAACAGAUGAAUUUGAAGAGGGAUAAUAGUGGGUGGGUGUUAAUUGAUUUCAAGUAUGAGCGUCUGCCGACAUUCUGCUUCUUGUGCGGGAUAAUAGGUCACGGUGAUAAAUUUUGCCAUAAGUACUUAACGACCGAUGAUGGGGCGGAGAAGCCAUAUAGGGCCUGGCUAAGGGCGGGCAACAGAAGAGGAGUGACGGGCAAUGGCAAGCCUUGGAUACUGCUGGAAUCGACAUCUGAGCGGUUGAAGUGGAAUGCGGCUACCUUUGACUCUUUAUCCUCCGCCAGACCCACGGGAGGGGGGGGGGGGAGAGGGUGA